AUGUUUCAGGCACUUGCUAUGGUAUGCCUUUUUCUCUCUGCCCAGGGGACUAGCGGGUCUCAGGACCAUGAGUCUAGGCUUCUUCCCAGGGACGUUUGCGAUGGGAUUGACGGUAUGCCCAUCCUGUAUCACGAUUACCAGAGUGAUGUCUGCCGACCGAAGUAUGUGAUUAGCUCGAAAGGGGUCUGCGAUCAUUCCGAUUUUCAGUCGAAUGCGUGCGUCGCGUUCUGUCAACUGAGAACUCGGUUCGUUUAUGGAAGAGAGUUUCCCUUGGGUAUUUGGUGUGACGGUCCUCCUUGCAAAAUUGAAAAUUUUACGAAGACCAUGACUUGGUCUGUGGAUAUGAGCCCACAAUUCGAGAAGGGGUUAGAUGAUGGGAUUAGUGGAGGCUGGCAGUCGAAAAUCACGAGUGAUGUCGGACCUCGGGGCAUGUCUCACGAAGUACCUUUAAAUGAGGGACAUGGAACACUGUCCCACCAAAAGACAAGAGCAAAUCGUUGCAUGAAUUAUAUGCACACCAUCCAGAACUAUUGCGUAGAUGAUCUACGACGAUAUUCUGAUAGCACCGUGGACGGAGAAACGAUCUUUGUCUACACUGACUGCAUGACACGACGGCCGUUGCCAAUGGAUCAACAGAGUAGCACUUACAGCUUACCAGGUGUUGCUCUGGAUUGGGAUGAACAUUCUUCAGUCUCGGCAUUGGGUGGCCUUUCUGUAAUCACAGAAUCGAGGCAGGAAGUGCUAUGA